UCAAAGAUUGCAUAAGGAGCCCUUUUCGUUGACUUCCACUGACAUCAAAAAACGAAUGGACAUAGUGUCGAUGAUGCAACGACUUUUACCGGGUAACACGAAACAGCCUAAAUAUUUACCUUGCACUACAAGAUUUACAAAGGAGAAGCAGAAAGAGGAGGUUGUGAAACUAGGAGUUGAGCUCUCUCUCUUUGUGGCUGAAACAAUGUUCCUAUUAUCUGAUGACAUACGUUCUACAUUGUACUUCUGUUUUUGGCUAUUUAAGUUUCCAGGGAAGCUAAAUUUUAAUGGACCGGUUUUUGGAAGGCUGUUUCGUGUUGUUGAAUAUGUGUUUAUAACACAUAUCAAACCAAAGAAUGGAAUCUAUCAUGAUGGUGGCAUAUCAAUCCACUGGCAACAGUUCAAAGCGUUGGGACCAAAUUUUGCUUCUGUAUUAAGAGUUUUGGAUCGUAUUGUUACGAUUCUAAAAAAUGGUGGCGAAGUGAAAUUGUCUGGUUUCGGCUACUGCAACCAGGAGCUUAAGAAGGUAGAAGAGAAGUUAGGGUAUUCCAAGGAUGUUUCCGAGGCGAAUGAAUUUGUGAGGGAAGGGAUAAAGUGUGACAUUUUUCAGUUGUGGAAACCUCUCUUUGGAACAACACCUGAAGUGAUAAACCCUAUCACAAGAGUUCUUGAGCUGUAUGGGCCUCUUGGCAAAGAAGUUAACCAGAUUGCAUGUUGUCAGCGCCUUGCUUCUUUACUAAUAUGAUUCAGAGUUUUUUUCCUUUUUUUUGUUCAACCGAGUCAGAGUUUCUUAAUUUGGAAUAUCAUGUAUUGAUUGAAUUAUUGCAGCUUGGUGUCCCGCUUAUGUAUACUUUACAUGUUUCUUGGAAUUUAAGUUACUAUAAUA